AAGAGAGAUGUGGAGAGAGAAGAGGAGAGGAGGAUGCAAGGAUCCGCUUCGCUGCUGUAGUUUGAAAGUCUCGCCAAGGGGACUUAGAAGAGCAUUGGUGGUAUAAAUACCCAGCAUAAACAGGAUUAAAAGAGCAACUACUGACUCCAUCAGAGAAGUGUUGAAGUGAGAGAGACAAGCAGAGAGAGAGAGAGCAUAAAGUGUAAGCAUCAGGAGCGCUGUGUGCUGCGGUGUGUCUCUACACGCUCGCUUUACUAUAGCACCUAACUUGGGAGACAACAAGCGUCACUUCUCAACUCUUUUACUGGAACACCAUCCCAUCUCUCUCUCUCUCUCUCUCUCUCUCUCUCUCUCUCUCUCUCUCCAUCAGACACACUCGUACACACAAAUGGAGGAUAUGUGUUGGCGCUGAAGUAUUGCUGAAGUUCAAACUGGGCCACUGGAUUCAUCUGUUUUGCUCCACUCAUUUGGUCGAGUCCCGCUGGACACGCACCCAGAUACAGACACCACCAAAGAAUACAGGAUCAAUGGAAGAGCACAGUCCAAGUACCUCCAUGAGAGGUGAGGGGCACCGGACACGACUCUGAGACACUUACACAGCUGGGAGAGCAUGGCGCAUUAAAGAUACAGGUCCCCACAAGAGCUUUCUGGUCUCAGCUAGUGCUAUAAAUCAAUAGCCGCGCACUCUGAUUUCUUCAUCAAGAAAUUUCUCCUCAGCUACAAACAGAAUGGCUUUCUUGAGCACUUGCUGACCAGAAACCGCACUCCAGAGGAUACUAUUUUUGUGGACGUCUGAAGUCUAUUUCGCACUGCGGCUCUGAAAACCCACCGGAUGACUAAAACGAUAUAUUUAUAUAUAUGUGCGCAUAGCUGAUAAAGCUGAUAAGUCUUUCAACCACCUGUCAAUGUUCUUUUUUUACGCUUACGCUGACACUUCCUUCAAAGCUUCUGGCACUUCAGAGAACAUUCCUAUCAGCUUUGGACUGUCUAAAUCGCAGCUAUUUUUAUUCCACUACAUAUUUAGAUAAAAGUCUCCCACUACAGAAUUCUGUUGAAAACAUUUCAUCUGAAUGAGUGAGAGCAGAAGGGCGUUUCACGCUUAAAAUCUUCACUAUUUCACAACCUGUCUACAGUCUGUUGCUAAUCAUGGUUUCCCAUCAUCAGAAGUGACUUCCAUUUUUUUUCAUGCAAAAUGAAGGCCAUUAGCAUAUUUAUGGGCUGAGAUACAUCCAAUCGUGCGCUACAUGGAUCUUGCAUUCAGUCAUCGAGCAAAGAAACAAAUAGCUUCUGACAUGUGAAGGAAAUGGAAUAUUCAAAAGCUUUUCGCAUUUAAACACAUGGACUAAAAUGAAGGAGAUGGAGGAGCACACGAGUUAGUUUCCCUGUUAAGGUUAAUGCUUGUAUCUGUGUGAAAUCAAACAAAAAACUAUUUAAACUGUUGUUACUGCUUUCUUAUGAAAGACAUAUUCGGAAGAGUAAAAUUGUUGGCCCUAUCAGCCGGAAAGCAUUAGUUGAUGUCAGAUCUAGGUCUUGGAAAAUGGAGAAUCUGGAUGAGCUAGAACAUCCAUUGUUGGGUGACAGCAGCCCUAAAAACUCAAGUGGAACAGGCUCAGGUAGCGGACUGUUUAAAAGCAUGUUGAUGAGAAAUGAGGAGGACAAAAGACUGCCCCCUCUGGACUGGAGGAAUUACUGCAGUUCUACAGACAUUCAACAGCAGCAGUUACUGGAUCCAUGUUCAUUGCCUAGCACUCUAGAGACCCUUUAUCCUCCCACUACCAUUUGGGCCGCUGCUGACUCCCUGGGCAUCCACAGUAAGGAGUAUCUGGAAACCACUUUUGUGGACAUUGGCCCUGGUUCACCAUUGGAAAGGAAGUUGCUGGCAGAGACAAGAGAUGUCCAUAGUGUAUCCUACAGCAUAGAAGAUGGGGAUGACCUUUUGCCAGACUUUGAGGACUCCUCCAGUGAUGACUUCAGUGAUACAGACAGCGAAAGCAACUUUCCCAUCAUGAUCCCUCAAGAUUACCUGGGCCUGGCUUUCUUCUCCAUGCUCUGCUGUUUCUGGCCUCUGGGCAUUGCUGCGUUCUACCUUUCCCAAAAGACGAACAAAGCAUCAGCACAAGGAGAUUUCCAGGGUGCUAGUGCGGCGUCUCGCCAGGCUCUGUGGCUCUCUAUCCUUUCGAUCGUGUUCGGCAUCGUCACUUACAUCUGUGCCAUCGCUGCCCUGAUCUCCUAUCUGUCCGGGAAGCCACCUUAAAGACUACUGUAUCGGUAUCUACUCUCAAUUCUUCCAGAAACGCACCUCCCUGGUUCCUAAUUACACAAUCCGCUGCUCCUUACAUACGUACGUUCAUCUUCACCUGUAAUAAGUACAUUCAUUUUGCAGAUACGCCACCUUCACGGCUGUCAUAUUAGAUUUAAAAAAAUGCAAAACACUACAUAGUUUCAGCUGAAAUCUUAGUAUUUGGGUCAAACACAUAUGACACCCACUUUAGAAAGAGAGACCUGCGAUCUGCCUUGGCGCUCGCGUCGAAGUUGGCAGGGGAGGGAGUGACUGAGGCCUAAGGGUUUGUUAGAAGGGAACUAGACAAGGGCCGCGAGAUCAGGAGAUCACAACGGACUUGGCUGCGAGACAGCGGGACGCGUCCACCGAGACGCAUGACUUAAACGAACUGGGUCAUUUUCUAGCCGAGCUCCGAAGCCGGUCAUCGUAAUUCACUCUCCAAAUUGAAAACACCAGAGUAAAUGACUUUAGAGCUCGGUCGGAAACUGCGAGGUAGGAAACAAGUACAAGUUCAGGCAGAUACUGCAAAUAUGAGGAUGCAUAUCAAGCACGCACAGGCAAAAGUUCAAUGCGAUGAGGGAAAGACACACGUAUAUAAGCCGCAGCUUUCACUGAGUCAUGCUGUUAUGAGAAGCUUCUCCCGCAGAACUCUAUUCAUAGCUUGAUAAAUGUAGACUCUUCAUUUUCCACCUACUGUACCAACAAACCGUAUGGAGACGCUUCAUACGAUUCAGCCGAACCAUGCCUGCAAACUCUGGACUGGUGAAAAGGUGGUAAAUCGGGACUCGGGCCACAAUGCUAUUUUCUUAUUUUUUCCUAUCAUUUAUUAAUCAAUUUAAGAUGGAAAAACAUCAGAACAAUUUGAAUUGCUGAAAAGAAAAACAAUGGCACAUAGACGUUUCAUACAUUUUGUGGGUCAUUUCAUGUAUCAAGCAUUAUAACAUAACAUUAUUCAUUAUAAUUAUGAUUCUUUCAGUAACCCGCAUUUGCCUUUGUGGUGUCGAUCAGCAAGUCUUUGCAUAAACUUAGCACUUAAGAACAUUUUCACGAACUUGGAUUUUAUCUUAAGAAAUUUCUCCGCUAUCUCACGACCGAAUUGUGCAUAUUGCUAAUUCUUACCACUUCACUUGUAGUUUUGUAUGAUUUUUGCAACUCGUAAAAUACGUAUGAUUUAGGAAAAACAGCUCCACAGUUCAAAUGAUGAAGCCUUUUUAAGGAUUUCAUCCUUCGAACCGCGUUUUUAAGAAAAGGGAUGAAUCAAAAUGAUAAAGUUAUGUAAUAAUAUAACUAUCCUGAACAAAAAACAGCAAAAAGGCUGAAUGAAAAUUCCAAUUAUAGGUGCCGCUUAUGAAAAGCAGAAAUUCAGCGGUUAGCCCUGUACACAAAGCAGAUGUGCUUUUUAAACACCACUGCAUUGACAUUAUGAUGAAAAAACUGUCAAAAACACUCAGCUCAUGUUAAAGAUACAUUCAGUUUUGUGCCAAAGCAUAGAGUUUGCAGGUAUGUAAACAUCUUUAAACGACAAGCCUGUAAUUUAUAUUCAUCCUGAAGUACGGAACAAAUAAUAUGUGUUAUUUGUAAAUGUGAAAUAAAGAGUAUUUGCCUGUCUGGGCAGUUAUUAUCUUAAA